AUGCCCUCAUCGCAAUCUUCACAGACUCGCACACAGCCAGGCGUGUCUGUGUCACUGACAGACGGGUUGGACACUCACCCUAAACCCCUAAACUCUGAAGGCAACAACAGCCAGGGCAGUGAGGAUGAAUGGUCCACAGAUGAACGUAAUUUCAGCAAACGCUCG